AUGUCCCCAUAUACCCCGGAGCAUAACAAAAUCAAGCGUCCGCUGACAACCAAGCCAAAUGUUGCCUUUAACAGGACUUCCACCUACGACAAAGAGAGAAAGCCCAAGCAGCCGAAGCGCGUAGCGGCAGCCGUCACUCCAAAAGCGAUCAGCGCAGAGCAAUGUGUCGUGAUCGACAGCGCGCUCACAUCAAAGAAGCCUCUCCCAGUGGAGCCAUCCUCCAGCCCUGCCAGCUCCAGAGACGAGUCGUCUGCUCAUCAUCACAAGCACAAGCGCUCUGGUGGCACAUCAAAGAAGCCACAGUCACCAACCAGCCCUGCCGUUCUCCGAGAAGAGCCGUCUGCCCAUCAUCGCAAGCGCAAGCGCUCUUCGAAGAAGUCCAAGGAACCACGGUCGCCAUCCGGUCCUACCAAUCCACAUGACGAGCCAUCCGCAAAGAAGUCACCAGAGCUCGGAUCCCCCUCCAAGAAGCCCAAACAUUCUGAGGGAGGAUAUUUACGGGACAUCGACACAUCUAAAGAGAAGGCAUUCACCCGUAAGGAUAACGACAUGAAGUCACUAAAAGCGAGCUCUCCUGCCGAGAAAGUCAGUUCUUCAUCUAGGAAGAUGUCCAACUGUUCCCAAGUUCCUUCCACUCACAACGACUCUAUCUUUUAUGUGAGGGCAGAGGCUGAGGCACUCUGCCUUCCCACCGUGAAACGACGAACAUUCACCCACAGUAAUGAAAAUGUGCCGAAGCUCUCCACUCACCAUGACGCAUCUACCGACGAAGACGACUGCCUAGACGCUCCAUACAACAGCCGCAACAUUCGUACAGAAGGGGCCUCCUACCUAAACGACCCUUUCACCCAAUUCACUCAGGACCUGCCUACCUCCCCUACGUGUCUUCAUUCCUCUGACGAUCAGCCUGCCAUCGGCUCCAAUGCCGACAAGCAACAGAAGAACAAGCCUUCCGUCCACCCUAAUGCCGACAUGCAACAGAAGGAUCAGCCUUCCGUCCGCCCCAAGGCCGACAAGCAACCCAGAAGAUCUGGGAGACCCAAGCCUGACGUUGGCAACGAGUACAUAGUCGACCAUGUCAGCUUCCCAGCCUCGUGCCUCACUGGACAAUGUAGUCACAAAUCGACAGAUUUCCAACAUUCAUGCCUUCACAUUUGUGGCUUCCAAGGUUGUGAGCACCAUUUUGCUUCCCCAACACAAAACUGUCGAUCCGCUCACUGGGACUCUUGUCACGCUGAAGAGUGCUUCAACAUUCUGAACCUUGCAACCUGGACGGAUGGCGUCCGCGGUGAAUAUGUCCAUAACUUCAACGCACCAGGUGACGACGAAAGCCACGACAUCCUUCGCUACGCGUUCGAUGAUGCAGAAGGCGUGUCUGGCGCCCGCGCUAAACGUAGCUGUCGCCCACAGAAGGACCUUAGCCUAGACGGACAAAUACAAUUGUGGGAAAGGACAAUGACCUCACUCUCCUUGCCUACAUAUUACGAUCCCCGAGAGUCAUCUACAGCAGUCAUCAAGGGAACUAAGGGGUGUAUCUCCAAGGACAUCGUGCACAGAGUUUUCAUUUGCGAUAUCGAUGGCGGUGACAUUAGCGACGAAGACGAAACAGAGAUGCAAACCUCCGGCCCGCGGCCAGCUGGUAAGGACGCAGCAACGUACAAAGCCUUCCUCCGGUGCGAGCUCAACUACCGACACACAACCGAUGCUGGCCUGCAGUGCCGCGAUGCGUCACAUGUUCUUGGUGACGACAGAACUUAUGCCGCCUUCCAGUGUCCAGUAUGUCAACAAGAUUCUGAUGCCGGCUUCUUGGCUUACAAGUUCUACCAGUACAUCGAACAGCCUAGUCACUGGCAAUAUCCUAUUAACAAUGUCUGCAAGAUGAAACCCGUCGACAUGGGCCAAUUUGUUGCUCACUUCCUUACAAAGUACGGUCAACGAAGGAAUACUGCCAACGCACACGCCCAGUCACUCAAGCACCAACGUCAACUAUGGACACUCAGUCUCUCGGCGAUCAACGUCAAUACCAGCCCUCAGCCUACGUAUUCCGAGCCGUACUUCCAGCACAUGAAUGCCAUCGCUCAACGAGAAGAUCAUGCCAUAUUCGUGUUCAGGCAGUCUUCCCGUCAGCCAGGCUUCCAUGACGAUUAUCUCCACAGAAUCACCAAGGUGGCAGCAAGGACAGUCGUUGCACUGCAAGGCCGCAAGAGAGCAGACAUCACAUCGGCGAUGAAGAUGGUGUUACGCAAACAUUUCGAAGGUACACCGACCGCAGCCAACAAUAUAUGGCUUGAGUUGCUGUGUCAGAAUGCAGCAAGAGCGAUCUUCAAUAUUACGAAUCAACUGCUUUGUGGCAAGAUGCACGGCCGACGGCCGUUGCUUGUCCUCAUGGCUAACAAGCCUUCGGAUUCUUCAGCUCCCACGACUCCAUUCGACACGAACUCCACCCUGAUGGCGGGCUCCUACGGUCGUAGACAAAUGUGA